AUGGCUGCAUCAGACUCCCAACGACAACGAACCGAAUCAUGGAACCGGCCCUCGCGGUUCAAAGAGCACCUUUCGCUCGCUUCUGUGUAUAACGACUAUACGGAACCACCGUCCCAUUUCUCGCCCGACACUCCCCACGAACACGCGCUCGACGAUAUUGAGCUCAAAUCCGCCACCCAGCAGACGCACGCGCCAGUGCCCCCACACGCCGUCGAGCCCCCGCCCGCACCACGGCCCUACCGCCCAACGACACUCAGCAUCUUCUCGGGCUCAACGGCCUACCGCACCUUCUCCCCGCCGACGAAGUACCGCGACCUCGAGCACGGGUUUAGCAAGGACAAGGACUACGCCUACGACUCCGAACGUCAGUAUCACCCGCCCACGCCCAAGACAGCCGAGACGUUCCGCGACAGAAUGUCUAGGCGGUUUUUCGAGUUCCGGUUUGGCGGGAGGCGCAAUACGGGCUCGGUGUUCGAGCUGCCGAUCCAGCAGCCGGGGCCGAUGCCGCCGCCGUGGGAGCCGUUGAAUAUUCAUAAGAAGAAUGCGGAUAGUCAGGCGACGGCUGUUUGUACUUGCCAUCAUCACUCGCACGGACAUAGUCAUGGGCAGGGGAAGAAGAAGGAGGGGAUUUUGGCGAGGUGGAGGAGGAAGGUGUUGAUCUGGGUGCUGGUGUUGAUUAUCCUGUGGCUCAUGGGCAACGUCGUCGCGCUCAACACUCGCGUUUUCCCCCUCGGUCAACCUACGACGUCCUCAGGCGCGGACGCUCCGUCCGCGUGGAGCACUCUCACGCCCGAACAGCAGUCCUGCCUCACGCAGUACACCCUCAACGCCCCGUCCAAUCCCACGCUCUAUCCCUGCGCCCAGUGCCUACCCCGUGUACAGUCUGUCAACGUCAGCGAUAGCUCAAUCGCACAGACGGCGGCGGACGCGACGAUGUUCUGCGGUGUGCGGUCGCUGUGGGAGGACGCGGAUAGUGAUGCGCAGGCGGCGCUCGAGGCUGUGGGGUGGGUGCAGGAUGCCAAGUUUUGUGCGUGGGGCGGGGUCGGGUGUAAUGGAUCGGGACAGGUCUCCUCGAUCCAACUCGUCACACCCGCCAUCCCCGCGGCCAUCCCAGCCCAAAUAAGCGCUCUCACCGCGCUCGAGACGUUCAGCGUCAUCGGCAACACGACGAUCCCUGCCGGGCCCUUACCAUCCACAUUCUCCUCGCUCAACCUCACAUCUCUACAUCUUGAGUCUACGGCCUUACAAGGAUCGCUCCCGGACUCGCUCAGUCGGCUUAUGACCCUGACACUCGUUCGCAAUCCGGGUCUGGACGCGAGUUUGCCGGAUAGCAUCGCCAAAGGAUCCUUGACGUCUCUGACUGUGAAUAACCAGAACCUUACGUUCGACUCUACGCAGCAGGCUGCGUUUUGUAACGGCAGUGCCCUCCAGACGUGCGACCUGCGCGGUACGGGGGUCGCGUCGUGCGGCUCGUGUACGGUCGGUUGA